AUGUUUACUAUGGGCAACUAUGGAACCUGGCAUUGGAGGACGCCCCUUUUUGUUUGUGCAAUAGUUGGGAUUAUAAUCUUCUACUGUGCGUGGCAUGGUCGGGCCGAAGACCUGAGUAGCCAGGAUAGUCUUGACCGAAACCCCAUUUUACGACCGGCAUACUUGGUUCAAAGAGACAAUAUUAAAAUAUUCAACGGCGAUGAGACGACAAUGACAAUAACUCCUCGAGCCCAAGGUGGCGAAACUUUACCUAACGGGACUUCUACAGAGCGGGGAGGCACCACAAAGCCAGCACCACCUUUGACAACAUCACUCAAACCGACCGUCGCAGUUGGGUCUCUAGUCUCGAUAACGACUACACUUUCGGCUCAGAUCAGCUCAGCAAACGGCAUUUCAAAAACGAAACCCGGUACUUGGGAGAACCCGGGUCCCGAUGUGAGGGUUGGGCAUGGUUUCCAAAUGAUGGAAGUGCUCUGGAAUGAGCGUCUACGGAAAUACUUCAUCGAAGUCAGUAUUGAAGUAACCGAGAUCGAGAACACAGUAAUGCAGAAGAAGGAUUUAGUACUUGAAACUGGGGAUCUUAUAUAUUUUGUGUCAGAAAGGGGCCUUAAAGAAAAUAAACGGGCUCGGCCUGCCGGCUGUCCUCCUUGCUCAACGAAUACCACAGCCACCCAAGAUGACAAAACGAUGGGCUCUGCCGAUCACCCCCCUAUACCACUUUUUACCUCUGAAGCCUCGUCUAAUAUUUCUGCCGAUACCGCUUCUAAUGCGUCUGGUGCAACUGUCGCUAAAACAAGGGAACUGGUAAAGACAUUGAGUAUCAUUAACUUCGAAGGCUCCAAGCGGAUGCAUAUGAAAAUUCCCGUUGUCAAAAACGCCAAAGAUGGAAACACCGAUCAGUAUUCAUCUUUAGGUAUAGGUUUGCCAAAUUCGACUUUUUUGAUAACGCUAAUGUCACGGAACAUAACAAAUACUCCCUCAUAUGGUUUACAUCUUGGGAACGAGCUAAGAAAUAACGAGAAAGGUUCCGGGUCUAUUAUAUUUGGUGGUGUGGAUAUUGCAAAAUUCUCAGUCGAAGACCUAACGACACACCAACUCCUCGAGCCCGGCGCCUCGAAUGGGUCCAUUUCCCAACAAUUAAACAUCACUAUUACUACUACCGGUGCGCCAGUAACCAUCGGAUCUAUAGAUACGCCAGUACGAUUUGACUUUGGAGACCCGUUUAUCUGUCUUUACAAAGGCUAUAUUGACAGGAUCAAAGCUGCUUUAACGGAAGCUGAAGUUCAAAUCAAGACAGAAGGCAAUGACAUAUUUCUGAAGGAUUUACCACCGCCAGGAUGGGGACUAGAUUUAAUAUUCUACGGAAACCGCACAAUAUUCGUAGAGUUGAUGGAUACUCUAGUUUAUUCUAGAUCCCAACCCGGUGAAUACAAAUACCAGUUGAUGGUUCAAGAUUGUUCCUCAAUCGUCUUGGGACAUCCAUUUUUUAGAGCAGUUUACGCAUUUUUGGAUUAUGAAAACAAUGAAAUUAGUUUUGCUCCGAUCAGGCGGGGUGUUACAGAGCAACAUAUACUUGAGGUUUUUGAAUCUUUGAGAAACCCUACAACUGUAUUAAAGAAUAUCAAUCCCGCGAAUACGCCACCUGCAAUUCCUACAAAAGCUGAAUGUUCAACGGAGAAAAACACUCAGUUAGUCAUAAGGAAUGCGCUCGCAGUUGUCUUCGGCGGGCUCUGGCGUCACCACCCCGGCCACGACGAAAAAGGUCCCGCCGUACUGGAAACCUCGCAUCCGAACCUUUUCUCCUGGGCUCUUACAGGCGGCGGGUGGGCGAUCGUGUUCGAGAUUCCGAUGGCAACUCAAUAUAACCGAAUUUCAACCUUGAGCAACUGA